CGUCAGUCACCUUUUCUUGAUCCCGACCCGUCAGCCAAUCAGCGGCUGCGAGGCACACACGUACGGAGACGAUAAAGCCAGGAACCAGGCGGGCUGCGGCCGCUGCCGGGCAGGAGGAACAAGGGAAGAGAGCCGCCCGCUCCAGCCUCCGUCCAUCUUCCCCCACCACACGUCCCGGCUUCGAGGCUCGUAUCGUCUUUCCCCACACUUCCCUCUUUCUCCGUGUUUGUACCGAACGGUCGGUUUACCUGAACGGAGGUUUUGUCGGGGCGUCCCGGUUCCGGAAGCCUUUCUGGAUGCCCUCGCUGGGAGACAGUAGUCUUGCUUCAUUCCUGCUCGGAUUGGAUGAAAGCAGGGCAUGUCAUGUGCUGAACUGCAGAGCGGCUGUAAGGACUAGUUCCUGGAAGUUUUGCUGUUGCUAAAUCCCCUGAUUCCGGGUAGCGGUGGUCUUGUCUCAGAGCCCGGGCGCAGUUCCUGUGCCUUUGCCACAGCAUCUGCUCUGCCCUGCUGGGCUUCGGUGGGCUCCUGUUCAGAUCCCGUGUGAUAAAGGAUUGUGUGGGUGGACCAACACCAGAUGGAGUGAAGUUCUCCGUGGUUGAAGACCUUGUGUGUCCAAUGCCAUGAACUCAUGAGUUAACAAAGGACCUGCUGGCCAUUUGUUGCCACUCUUGGUCCUUCCUUCUUCCCUCACCUUGGCCCCUUCCUCCCUUGGAUCCACCAAACAAUGGGCCAGAAGAUCUCAAGCAGCAUAAAGUCAGUCGAUGUACAUGGGGAGCCCUCAUACCAGCCAGUGCGGCGAGAACUACAUGGUCCAGACUUCUGUCGGCCUCCCAGGCUAGACUUACUGCUGGACAUGCCAUCAGCUAGCCCUGAGAUGCAACUGCGCCAUGCAUGGAACCCAGAUGAUAGAUCUCUUAAUGUCUUUGUCAAGGAAGACGACAAGCUGACCUUUCACCGGCACCCUGUGGCGCAGAGCACAGACUGUAUCCGAGGCAGAGUAGGCUACACCCGAGGUCUCCACGUAUGGAGGAUUCACUGGCCAGCCAGACAAAGAGGGACUCAUGCUGUUGUGGGGGUGGCGACUGCUGAAGCACCUUUACACUCUGUAGGCUACACAGCCCUGGUGGGCUCAGAUUCUGAGUCAUGGGGCUGGGACCUUGGCCGAAACAGGCUUUACCACGAUGGAAAGAACAGACCUGUUUCUACAUCUGCACCAACGUACCCUUCAUCUCUGGAACCGGAUGAGUCCUUUGUACUCCCAGACUGUCUGACAGUCAUACUGGACAUGGACGAAGGAACACUGAGUUUUAUGGUUGAUGGACAAUAUCUAGGAGUUGCUUUUAGGGGGUUGAAGGGCAAGAGACUGUUUCCAAUCGUCAGUGCUGUGUGGGGGCAUUGUGAAGUGUCAAUUCGCUACGUCAAUGGACUAGAUCCGGAGCCCCUCCCCCUCAUGGAUCUGUGCAGACGAGUGGCUCGACUAGCACUGGGUCGAGAACGCAUCCAUCACAUCGAGACACUUCCACUGCCGCAGACUCUGAAAAACUACCUCCAGUACCAAUGAUUGCUCGUGCACAGACAGGAAAACCUGGAGGUCUGCCUGAUUUCUCCAUCAGACUCCCACUGACGGGGUUACAGGGCACUGCAAAGGGGUUUGUUUACACCCUCAGGGGUUCUUGGUUUGGGUGGAUGAUCUUGUUUUCAGCUUUUUACAGUAGAUUUUUCAGAAUUUUAUUCUUCCAAACUUUUAAUGGAGCUGGAUAAUAUGUUUUAAAAUAAGAAAUCUGUAGUCUAAUGGUGUGAGACCACAUGAUCUGACUUCCUGUAGUUACACAGAUGUCUGUUCUGCACAGUGAAGCCUCAAAGCAUGUUGGUAUUUACAUUUCUGUUCCAACAACACAGCCGUCCCUGUAAGCGACGGUACGGGGAGGCAUCUGCAGGCUGGACUGGGUCUGCUCCCUCCUGCAGCUUCUCCAUCACUCGGAGCUGCUGUCAUUCUGCUCCCCUUCCUGUAACACUCGAGAGAGCUUAAUGGAAGGGUGAAGCCGUUUUUGACCGUGUAAUGUGCCUGCUCAGCUAUAGCAUCCUAAAACACCACCGUUCUGGCAUGAGAGAGGAAACUUUCCUAAAGAUGGAGAUGCUGCUUUUAUAAAACCCUUCUCAUGGUUAUUUUUUAUUCUUGAAUUGCUUUUCAAUGUUUGGGAUAUCCUUUUUUUUUAUGAAAUUCUGAAAUGUUUGGGGAUGCGUCUCGCAUGCAAAGGCUGAAGAAUGUGCUGCCAUGGAAAUCUUUUUAAAUGUGAAUAUGAAUAAACUCGGUGAAACUAA